AUGCAAAGACCUUAUAACUAUCAUAGAAUGAAUUUGUGACUGAUUAUAUCAUAUCUGGCUAUUUUAUGAAGCUUUAUAUUGUCAACUUUGUAUUGAAUCAUAAAAUUUGACUCAAUAAUACUCUGGCUAGCUCUUCAACACUCAGGAUUCUUCAUAUUUAUAGCUGUAGGCAUAGCGAUUCAAUGCAAAUGAUGCCCAAGCCUGCUAUAUACAGAAAAACCAGUAGAUAUUGCAGUUUUUUUCAAAUUUUCAUUGGGAAGCAAGAUAGCUGCUACAGAAAUUAAUCAAAUGAAAAGAACCCUGAUGGAGGUUAACAGCUCAUCAAAAAUGAGAACUUCAAUUAUUGAUUCCCCCUCAAUUAUUUAUAACUCCAAGGCAGAUAUGAUAUCAGAAUAA